AGGAGCUGUACUACUAUGUUGUAGCCUCCACUCAUUCAGGGACACCGUUUUUUCUAACCUUAGUACUAGGUUGAUGAACGUUGAUAAUGUUGAUAUACGUACCAAUAACAUUACUUUCCUCCUUCAAACAAACGUACUUUUUUCCUGUGACAUUUUAUUUUGAAAGCUAGAUCAACCGGAAACGAGAGUCCUUAUUGACUUUAGGUUCAACUGAGCUCAACCCGCUGAAAUUCAAAGUUUGACGGGAAAGGGAGCGGUGUCAAAAUACUACGCAACUCUCACGCUGUUAAUAUGGAUGUGAACGACAGCACUGGGACAUCGGGUCCCUUAAAGAGACAAAGAGAACCAUUCUCCGAUAUCGAGGAAAAUGUGCCCAUAUCUGAAGGGAAAGAUGAGCAGAAACGAAGACGCCUGGAGUCGUCCAGCCAGGAAAACUGGAGUCCCAAGCCAUCAUCUCUGGGCCGGUCCCUGGAAAUGGAGAUCAAACCAGACACCCCUGCUAUACCGUCUGUCCGGCAGCUCAUCCAAAGGCGUGAAGGCAUGCCCCCGCUGGCCCAGAGGUUCCUGUCUGAUCCUGGGUACCAGCUGCCGUCCUUUGCCCUCCUCACUGGCAGGGAGGAGUUACAGGCGACCGGCAGCCACCACUCCGUCCCAAGGCCAUCUAACUGCCCCCGCAACCGAUCCAGUCUUCAGGAAGACUGCGAGGCUGGGACCAGUCAGGUGAAUGACGGCAGCUUCACUGCAGUGGCUGUCCCUGAUGGAGUGGAGGAUGGAAGCCUGGACCACACAGGCAGGAAGGACCAGUCCGUCUCAAGGCCAUCUAACAGCUGCCCCCGUAACCGAUCCAGCCUCGUCAUUGACAUGCAUCAGAAACUGCAGAGCAGCGUGACUCCCAGCUCCAAGCAAGCCUUUCGCAUACGCCAGGAGAGGGAGGAGGAGCUCCGCCUCCUAAGGUCUCAGCCAAUCAGUGAUAAUGCCUGGCUGAAGAGAAGCUACUCUGACUCCUCUCUAGCUAAGGAAGACUGCAAGGCUGGGACCAGUCAGGUGAAUGACGGCAGCUUCACUGCAGUGGCUGUCCCUGAUGGAGUGGAGGAUGGAAGCCUGGACCACACAGAUUUCAGCUCCCCCGAUGAGACCCACACGGCGGAGAUGAUCGACCAGAUGUUCGAGGAGGUGCUGGAGAUGGCCACAGACGGCUGUCAGGAGGAUCACGACAGCGGCAUAGCAGCCGGCUCUACAGAGAAGGACGCGAGGGAACCCCUGGCUGAGGAGGAGGAGAGGAGCGAGGAGGAGAGCGAGGGAGAGGCGGAGAGACGGGAUGUGGACACCAGUGGAGACGAGCUGACCUUCCCUCCUAGUGGGAUCCUCUCACCCCUCGGCAAGUCUGUGGAGGCUGUGGUCACUCCCAUGAGACUGGCUGCCAGCCAGCUGUCCAAUCCCGCCUCGCUGCUGUUGACCCCUAGGGAGCAGGCCGCCCCACCUCCAGAUGCUGCUCCUCUCUACAGCAUCGACGCCUACCGCACCCAGAGUCAGAGCGCCAAGCCGGACAUUGUAGUUGUGACUCCAGGGGUACAGAGGCAGAACCCAGAAAAGACCCAGACCAAGCCAUCUAUCAACACUAAGGACAGAAUCCUGGCUCUAAACGAGGAGGCGGGGAAGUUGCAGACUGUGAUCAGCCAGACGCUGCAGGCUCUGGGCUGCUGUACGGACGAGGUGCACGGGAGGGGCUCCCUGGAGGAAGCAGAGGCCGAGAAGCUUCUACUGGUCUCCUGUGAGAAGAGGACAGCUCUCCUGGCGGAGGUGGCUCGACUGAAGCAGUCGAGUCCUGAGGCGUCCAGGGCCGGAGGUGGUGAUGUGGACUCCAUUACCCAGGUGCCCUGUAGGGGCACGGUCGGCAUCAGCAGCGUCCAGCUCCCCCUCAAGGUGGAGUUUGUGUGCUCCGCCCGGAACCGCCCAGGCCGGCCCAGCCAUUUCUUCUUAGUCCUGAUUCGCUAUGGAGCCUGUGACAUCGUUGCAACACCAUUGGCCACAGCAGCUGAUGCCAUGAACGGUGACACCAUCUCCUUCCCCACCUCCAUCACCCUGAAGGACAUUCGCUCAAACUUUGAGAUCGAUGUGGAAGUCUACAGCCUGUCUCAUACAUCUGGGAACGCCUGCACCGUGGAGCGAAGCACCGCCAAGUCACGAGUCACCCCGAGGAAGUUACUGAACACCUUCUCGAAGUCCAUCCACAGCGGGCCAUCCUCUGGCCUGCCCACCAGGAGCACUCGACGCUCCAGUAACUUCAGUCUGGUUGGCUCCCACAAGAUCACCCUGGACUCUCUGGGCCAGAACAAGUUCCCCCUGGACAAGAUUAAGUUUGAAGGCAAAAUCCGGAAUCCAGCACGCAGCCCCCUGGACAACAGAUAG